AUGACGAUCUAUACUCCUGCAUCUGAUUCCCAGAUCGAGGCGUCUAAAAUGAAACUGGUCUACUUCAGCAAUGAGUUUCCACAUGAUGACUUGCAGGAUCUUCUCCGUCGGCUGUACAAGCAUAGCAACUCUCGAAGCCACCCGAUCCUGGCCCAGUUUAUUGAUGAUGCCACCAUCGCCAUUCGUGAGGAGAUUCGCCAGCUCCCAGCUUCACUGAAGAGAUUGAUGCCCCCACUGGACACGGUGCUGGACCUGGCGGAUCACCCGGCACUACGAAAGGGUCCGCUUGGUGGAUCCAUCGAUGGAGUAUUGCUCUGCAUGUUGGAAUUGGGGACUUUGAUCCGAUACUACGAGAUCUCCUCGGGUGGGUACGAUCUCCCAUUGGGAAACACAUAUCUUGCCGGGCUGGGCAUUGGUCUCCUGGCCACUGCGGCGGUCUCUCUCUCCCAAGUCCUUACAGACCUCCCCAUAGCGGGUGCAGAGGUCGUGCGUGUUGCCUUCCGCCUGGGGGUUGUGGUUGACGAGAUCUCCCAGAACCUGGAGCAGCGAGAUCCCAACAGCUCCCCAGAAACGUGGGCGUCCGUUGUUACGGGUGUUGCCGUGGAAGAUGUCCAGGCUGAAUUGGAUUCGAUUCACAAAACAGAAAAUACCCCCCGUGCCAGCCAGGUCUUCAUCAGCGCCUUGAGCCAAACAUCCGUGACCGUCAGCGGGCCCCCGUCGCGACUCAAGCGUAUCUUUCGGCUGUCCGAGUUCUUCCGCGGCCGCAAAAUUGUCAGCCUUCCUGUAUACGGGGGACUGUGUCAUGCAGAGCACAUCUACAACGAGAAACAUGUGGAUGAAGUCAUCAGCACCCAAUCCAUGCGUCAAUUGAAUGAACGGCUGGUACCGGGCAUACCGAUCUUCUCUACAUCCACCGGGCGUCCCUAUGUCGUGGGAUCGGCACGAGAGCUGUUCAAGCAGAUAAUCAUCGAGAUCAUGACGCAGAAGAUCGAGUGGGACCGGGUCGUUCAGGGAGUAAUAGAAUGCGCCCAAAGUCUCAGUGCGCCCGAGUGUCAGAUAUUCGUCUUCCGCCUCUCGCUCCCUAUUCACGACCUUCUCAGCACAUCCGCCGCCGUCAUACCGGACACGGCGAUGGCCACGGAGGAGCUGAUUCCAUGGGUGAGCAAGACCGGAAUCGGCUCAACGGCUGCCCGCGGGACCAAGCAGUCUAAGCUUGCCAUCGUUGGCAUGUCCUGCCGCAUGCCCGCUGGCGCCACCGACACGGAGAAGUUCUGGCAGCUUCUAGAACAGGGCCUUGACGUGCACCGGAAGAUCCCAGCCGAUCGCUUCGACGUCGACUCGCACUAUGACCCGACUGGCAAACGGGUGAAUACCAGCAUGACACCCUAUGGCUGCUUCAUCGAGGAGCCGGGGCUCUUUGACGCGCCCUUCUUUAACAUGUCGCCGCGCGAGGCCCAGCAAACCGAUCCGAUGCAGCGCCUUGCGUUGGUGACGGCGUAUGAAGCCCUCGAAAGAGCUGGGUAUGUGGCCAACCGCACGGCCUCUACCAACCUGCAUCGCAUUGGGACUUUCUACGGUCAGGCUAGUGACGACUAUCGCGAAGUCAAUACCGCCCAGGAGAUCAGCACCUACUUCAUCCCCGGCGGAUGUCGUGCGUUCGGGCCCGGCCGCAUCAAUUAUUUCUUCAAGUUCUCCGGACCCAGCUUCAGCUGUGAUACUGCCUGCUCGUCCAGCCUGGCCACUAUCCAGGCCGCAUGCACGUCGCUCUGGAAUGGAGAUACGGAUAUGGUGGUUGCCGGCGGGAUGAACGUCCUGACCAACUCCGAUGCCUUUGCGGGUCUCAGCAACGGCCACUUCCUAUCCAAGACUCCGAAUGCCUGUAAGACCUGGGACUGUGAAGCAGAUGGAUACUGCCGUGCCGACGGGGUGGCUUCCAUUGUGCUGAAACGCUUCGACGACGCUGUGGGCGAUAAUGAUAAUAUCCUCGGGGUGAUCUUGGGGACCGCAACGAAUCACUCGGCGGAAGCGGUCUCUAUCACACAUCCCCAUGCCGGAGCGCAAUCCUACCUGUACCAACAGGUUCUCCGCUCCGCGGGCGUGGACCCGCUGGACGUCAGCUACGUGGAGAUGCACGGUACCGGGACGCAGGCGGGCGAUGCGGUGGAGAUCAAGUCUAUCACCGAUGUCUUUGCCCCGAACAGCACCAAGCGCCGCACGGCCAAGCAGCCGCUGCAUAUUGGAGCCGUCAAAGCGAAUGUCGGCCACGGAGAGGCGGUCGCCGGUGUGACUGCGCUGCUGAAGGUCCUUCUGAUGUACCAGAACAACGCCAUCCCGCCACAUAUCGGCAUUAAGAAUAGCCUGAACCCGACUUUCCCGAAGGACCUCGACCGGCGCAAUGUGCACAUUCCGUUUGAGAAGACGGCAUGGCCGCGUCUGGAGGCCAAGUCUCGGUAUGCAGUUGUCAAUAACUUCAGCGCCGCUGGGGGGAAUACCACGUUGGUCCUGGAAGAUGCGCCCCAGCGAGAAACCCCCGUCACGACGGACCCACGGCGGACCCAUGCUGUGCUUGUCUCGGCCAAGAGCAAAAUAUCCCUCAAGGGCAAUCUGGAACGGCUCCUGGCGUAUCUGGAUGCCCAUCCGGAAGUCUCGCUGGCUGACCUCUCCUAUACCACGACGGCGCGGCGGUACCAUCAUAACCACCGCGUGGCCAUUGCCAUCUCUGACGUUACGCAGGCCCGGAAGAAGCUGGGCAGUUCUCUUGAGUCGGUGGACUCGCACAAGCCCAUCCCUGCUACGGGUCCCCCACCGGUGGCAUUCGCCUUUACCGGCCAAGGUGCAUCCCAUAAAUCCAUGAACCUGGAGCUAUUUCACCAGGCCCCCGUCUUCAGAUCCCAGAUCUUGUACCUCGACUCCCUUGCCCAGAGACAAGGCUUCCCGUCCUUUGUUCCGGCCAUCGAUGGGAGCUUCCACAAGGACCAUGCACACUCACCUGUGGUCACCCAAAUGGCGCUGGUGGCAUUGGAGAUGGCCCUGGCUCGCUACUGGGACUCUCUGGGCGUCAGGCCCAGUGUGGUGGUUGGUCACAGCUUGGGCGAGUAUGCUGCGCUCUACGUGGCCGGAGUUCUGUCGGCCAGUGAUGCACUCGCGCUGGUCGGUUACCGGGCGAAGCUUCUGGAGCAGAAGUGCCAGGCCGGCAGUCAUCAAAUGGUGGCAGUGAGGGCGUCGCUGCCCGAAAUUGAGCAAUCUGCCGGUGGCCUUGCCUUCGAGGUAGCCUGCAUCAACGGGCCCAAGGAAACUGUCCUGAGUGGCUCCCGGGCUGAGAUGGAUGCCAUUACGGACCUCAUCCUCGACGACUUCGAGUCGCUGGCACAAAGCGGAAUCCUCUUCCAGCCGCCCCGGCUCCCGGUCAUCUCGCCUUUACUAGGCAAGGUCAUCUUUGCUGACAAGACCGUGAACGCUCAGUAUGUCCGCCGAGCGACACGGGAGACGGUCAAUUUCCUGGCAGCACUCCAAGCGGCCCAAAGGAUUUCGACCGUCGACGAGGAGACAGUCUGGGUCGAACUUGGACCACAUCCUGUCUGCACCGGCUUCGUCAAGGCGACCAUCCCCACUCUGAACGCAGCCGUCCCUUCGUUGAAUCGGACCGAGGACAACUGGACCACCCUGGCUCAGAGUCUGACAAGUCUUCACAGCGCAGGGGUGCCUUUGGACUGGAAUGAGUUCCACCGACCGUUCGAACCGCCUUACGUCUCUUGGAUCUGCCCACCGGCCAAGGCGGGUCUGGCCCCGUCGACGGGGGUGCAGUCCAAUCUGCAGACAUCGACAGUGCAGCGGAUUAUCGAGGAGAGUUUCCGCAAACCGGCUGGAAAGGUGGUGAUGCAGUCGGAUCUCAUGCAACCGGAAUUCCUCGCCGCGGCUAACGGGCACCGGAUGAAUAACUGUGGCGUGGUCACAUCAUGCAUCCGGGUUUCGGUGGAGACCGGUGACAUCUCCUCCGGCCAGGCCAGUUUGUUCUGGCGCAACGUCCUGGCCAACGGGGACAUUGAGGAACCGUUUGCCAGUGCAGAGAUCCAGUACGGAGAUGCCGCCGCCUGGCUGGAGUCAUGGAUCCCACAGAAGCAUCUCGUGCAAGGGAGAAUCGACGCCCUCGAGCGCCUGGCGGACGAAGGUAUCGCCAACCGAUUCUCCCACCGCAUGGCAUAUCUGCUAUUUGCCAACAACUUGGUGGAUUAUGCCGACAAGUACCGUGGCAUGCAGUCCGUCAUUCUCCACGAGCUCGAGGCCACGGCCGCGGUGACCCUGACGACCCAAAAAGGCGGCGUGUGGACUGUCCCACCGUAUUUCAUCGACAGCGUGGCUCACCUGGCGGGAUUUGUGAUGAACGUCUCGGACGCCAUCGAUACCAAGGCUAACUAUUGCGUCACCCCCGGCUGGCGCAGCAUGCGUUUUGCCCGGCCGCUUGUCGCCGGGGCGCAGUAUCGCUCCUAUGUCAAGAUGAUCCCAACCGCGGCCGACGCCACGGUGUAUCUGGGUGAUGUUUAUAUCCUCCACGACGCGGAGAUUAUUGGCUUGGUCCAGGGCAUCCAGUUCCGUCGGUAUCCCCGCAUCCUACUCAACCGCUUCUUCUCCCCCCCAGAUCUUGACAGUCCCCCUGCUGCUGCCGCAGUUGCUGCUCCCGCUGCAUUGGCCCCGAAGCCCACUCCUGCAGCUCUGCCGGUGACUUCGUCACCGUUGCCAGCACCCAAAGCGGCUGCUCCAGCACCAGCCCCAGAGCCGGGCCAGGCUCCAGCUCCUACGGCUGCAGGGGAGUCUUCGGACAGUGUCGCAGCAAAGGCCAUUGCACUGAUCGCCAAGGAAGCGGCUCUGGAACACUCCGACCUCACGGACGAUGCCUCCUUUGCGUCCCUUGGUGUAGACAGCCUGAUGAGCCUGGUUAUUUCCGAGAAGUUUCGGGAGGAGCUUGGGGUGUCUUCUUCUGAGGGAAUGGCUGGCUCUUCCGAUAAGCUCCUCUGCCUCACCAUCUGCGGCUACCGCAAGCCCGGUAUGAGCGAGGAGGACUACAAGCACCAUAUGACUAAAAUCUCUGCUCCCAUGACCCAGGACCUGAUGGUGAAAUAUGGAGUGAUCCAUAACCCGCAUGCCACGCGGGCGCUGAUGGGCCAGCUCUUCGACUCGCAGAUGGCCAAUAUCGCUGACUUUGACUGCUUCAGCCAGGUAGUUUUUCGCCGCCUGGAGGAUUACAAGCGGAUGAAGCAGGACCCGUGGUAUCAGCAGCAUUUACUGGGGGAUCAUGAGCAAUUCGCCGAUACCAAAAGAAGCAUGAUGACCAUUGGAUGGAUCUCUCAGUUUGUUGACCAUGGCGUGGUGGUGGAUGGAAUCGAGGCCUCAUCGUCGAGGAAGGAUUUUCAGGCUACGGCCGUUCUGACGGGCAUGUUUCUUUCCGGUGCAAUGACGAGCCUAUCUCUGAUGGCUGUCCCUGUCUUCCUGGACACCACGACUGUCCCGGGGCAGCUCUUCCACCAGUGGGUCCGUCUGUAUCACUAUGGGCAUCAGGUCCUCCCAACUCUAGCAGUGGUCACCUUUUCCCUGUACGGCUAUUCGGCCUGGCGCCGACGAAAGGCGAAGAAGUCGUGGGGUGCGCUGGUCCUGGCGGGUCUCACCACUGUCGCCAUGCUUCCUUUCACCUGGUUGGUGAUGGUCCCUACGAAUAAUAUACUCUUUGCACUGGAGGCGAGUAGCCGAGCUUCUGGGGCGGUGGCGACGAUGGAGGAAGCAAGGGCACUGGUGACGAAAUGGUGUUGGAUGCAUCUGGCAAGGAGCCUUUUCCCUUUGGCUGGGGCGGUGAUUGGAAUGGUGCAGAUCCUGGUCGCUUAG